GAUCUCGUCUGUUGUAAAUAAAGCCGAGCGUGCUGCGUGCGUUGGACGCGUGGGUGAGACUUCUAGAAAGGACGGCGUAACGUCCCGAUCCGAGACAAUAACCAUAUUAGGCAGGCCAAUUACAAGCUUUUUUGUAUCACAUAUUGUACGAGUACCGAGUAAUAUAAAAAAUAUGGCUGAAAGCGACUGGGACACCGUGACGGUCUUACGGAAGAAGGGGCCGACCGCUGCUCAGGCCAGAUCCAAACAGGCAAUCACUGCUGCCCAGAGACGUGGAGAAGAGGUCGAGACUUCCAAGAAAUGGUCUGCGGGACAGAACAAGCAGCACCUAGUGACAAAGAACACAGCCAAACUGGAUCGAGAGACUGAGGAGCUGCACCAUGACAGGGUUCCACUUGAGGUGGGGAAAGUAAUUAUGAAAGGCAGACAAGACAAAGGCCUGACUCAGAAAGACCUGGCCACUAAAAUAAAUGAGAAACCCCAGAUUAUUGCAGACUAUGAGGCUGGGAAAGCUAUCCCCAACAACCAGAUUAUGGGCAAAAUAGAGAGGGCGAUCGGGCUCAAACUACGUGGGAGGGAAAUUGGCCAACCUCUAGAGGCAAACCCCAAAAAGAAAUGAACACAAAGCCUCGAAAUCAGCCCUCCCUUCACCCAUUGUUCCUACUAAUGUCCUUUGAAUCUCAUCCUUACCUUGCCCCAUAUACCCUGACCUGAAUUGCCCUCCUUGUCCCCCUACUGGGCUGAUCACACCAAUGUUCUGCAUUAGAACUUGGUGCUUCGUUGUAUAUUGACAAAAUCUGUUAUACUUAAAAUGAAUGAUUGAAUGCAUUUUCAGAUUGAAAAGCUUUGUGAAGACUAUUAUUCUUUGCCAUAGGCAUUUGUAUGAUUCAGUCAUAUUAAAGAUUAAUGUCCAUUAAUCAGUUUCAUGAUCACAUACUUAAUAUUCUGCCAAAAGUGCUUGAUUGUAUCUCACAAUGGGUGGAUUUUUUUGUUCUGCUUUCAAACAACACAAUAAAGAUAGCAAAUCAC